AUGGAACAUUCCCCACGUGUCAGAGCUGAGACCAUCAGGAAAUCGUGUAAAGCCAAGGUUAGAGGUCAAGGUUACUCAACCAAACGAAGACAUUUCUCGAGAACCACGGCUAAAAUUUUACAAAGAACCACGGCUAAAAUUUUACAAAGAACCACGGCUAAAAUUUUACAAAGAACCACGGCUAAAAUUUUACAAAGAACCACGGAUAAAAUUUUGCAAAGAACCACGGAUAAAAUUUUACAAAGAACCACGGCUAAAAUUUUACAAAGAACCACGGCUAAAAUUUUGCAAAGAACCACGGAUAAAAUUUUACAAAGAACCACGGAUAAAAUUUUACAAAGAACCACGGCUAAAAUUUUGCAAAGAACCACGGCUAAAAUUUUACAAAGAACCACGGCUAAAAUUUUACAAAGAACCACGGAUAAAAUUUUGCAAAGAACCACGGAUAAAAUUUUACAAAGAACCACAGAUAAAAUCCAGUGA